AUGAGUGGUGUGGAAAGUCUGCUGAUAGAGAGCGACGAGGAGGACCUGGGGGAGUUGGAUCUGUCGGCCAUCACGCUGGAGGAGAUCCUGCGCGAGGAGGAGCUGGCCAAUAAGAGCGCAGAUGACACAGACAGCUCCACACAGGACGGAGAUGAUCUCUUCUUCUCACCCGCCACCUUCACACUCAAUAUCGAGCCUGGUCCAGGCAUGGACACGCACUUCCGCACGCCUCUGGAGAUCGCAGAAGCCCGAGAGAAGCAGCUUCUGAGCUGUGUCGGUGUAGAGCUCAUAUCCCCACUGCAGGUGAAGCGUCGUCUACGUGCUAACGCUCGCUCCAAGGCUCUCAAGUCUCGUCGAGAGGGUCUUGUAGCCAUGAAGAAGAACCAAAGGAAGAAAAAGAUUGCAGAAGGAGCAGGAGCAGCUGCCGUUGCCGCAGAAAAGAAGUCCACAGGAGUGGUCAAAGUGGAGCCAAUGGAAGCCAUCAGUCGACAACUGAGAAAGAAUAUCGAGUUCAAGGAGUACGGUCCCGGCUCCCCCACUGUGGUGGCUAUUCACUCCAAGUUCAUUGCUAUUGGAACAUCCAAGGGGCUGGUUAUUAUCUUCGACCACUUCCAGAACAUCCGACAAGUGCUGGGCAACACGAACGACGCAGAUGGAGACGGACCCGUCACGGCUGUGGACGUGUCGCCUGGCAGUGACUAUUUGGUGUGUGGAUACCAAAGCGGACGCAUUGUACUGUGGGAUAUGAUCAAAGGAACGUCGCUCAAGGCUGUAUCCGACGCUCACGAGAACCCUGUGGUGAGUCUCCGCUUCUUGAAGGACCAGAAGCCAGUACUGGUCUCGGUGGACACCAAUGGACUCGUGAACAAGCUCAACUUCUCCAAAAUGAUGGGAAUGGUGUACGUAGUGGACGUGGAUCCGCUUUACGAUGGAUCAGCGGGCAAAAUUCUGUCCAUCUCGGUGCUGCCACAGUCGGCUGGUAACGCCAAGAUCUCGUACUUAACUGACCAGUACUGUCUUGCAGCAUUGAGCACAGAGACGGUGACGUUCAUCAUCGCUAUCGAGCCGGAGGUUCGUGUAAUUUACCGCUGGACACGUCCUGACGAUAUUGCGCCGGAUGAUCCUGUGCUCCCAACGCUGGCAUUCGCGUGGAUUUCGUUCCCUGGCAGCUCUCGAGCGCUGGCGCCGGUGCUGGCGCGUGGAUGGGGCAACCGUGUACAGUUUCUGGAAGUGGUGUUCCCUGGCGGGAAGAACCACUCGCACGCGCGUCAUGGCUUCCCUACGUUUGAUGAACACGACCAGAUCGAGUCUUCAAGCGCUGUGAUGGCUGUGCAAUGGCUGGGCGACCAGGUGGUGGUGUAUCUGAACUCGCACGAUGAGAUCUGCGUGUACGACGUCAUGUCGCGUCAAGAACUGGAGAUCGUGGACGUAUCUUCGCUGGAGCUGGUGUUCGCCUCUUAUCGAGGCAAAAACGCGCGCAGUUUCUCGAAUAGUUUCCGUGGUUGCUACAAUAUUCUGUAUCUACUGGGUCUUAAGGAGCUGCAGACUGCUCGUGUGUUGCCAUGGACGCAACGUAUCGACUUGCUGGUGGAUGAUGGCGAGUGGCUGGAGGCUCUUGCACUCGCUUUGGAUCACUAUGAAGGACUGAAGAUCGCAGCAGCUGAUCGCGCGGCACGAGACCGGUUCCCACCCGUAUUCUUCCGUGACAAGCAGAACGAUCAGUGUCUUGUGGACAUCCUGCACAUGUGUCAGACUAAUCAACGUACUGGCGAGAAGGAGGAUGUGUUUAGACACGAAGAGAGUGCCAACGAAGUGCGUUGGGUGUGUGGUGAGGUGCCGUAUCCUCCUGAUAUCGCCAAGAAGCUCGAAGAAACGCUCCAGAAGGCUCGUAGUGGCGAAGUGACGAAGAAUUUCGUGCCUAUUAGUGUGGCUGAGCGCGUCGCAGAUCUGCUGAUGGAGUACGUACGUCUUGCUAUUGCGAAUGCACCAGGUUCUACAGCUGCUGCGGGUGGUGAACUGAGUCUCAACAAGAUCGGGAUGAAGCUGGACCUGGCGAAGAGCCACUAUCAGAUGCUGGCGGGUGUUUGCAUUGAGUACUGUGCUCUCAUUGGUCGCACGGAUCUCCUUUUCGGUGAGAUCUACACACGUUUCAAGGAUGCAAACAAGCUCAGCGUGCUGAUUGAGCUGCUGGAGCCGUAUAUUCUGUCCGAAAAGCUACGAAACCUGUCUCCAGUAGCGAUGGAGGAGUUUGUUCGCCACUUUAGCUCGCAGGGAAAACUCGCUCAAGUGGAACAAUGUCUGCUUCAUCUGAAUGUGGCGGAACUGGACUUGGAUACGAUCCUCAAGCUUUGUCACGACCACGAACUGUAUUCAGCGCUCAUCUACAUCUAUAAUGAAGGCAUGGACGACUACACGACGCCAAUUGAUGUUCUUCUGGAGGCUUGUUCGGAUGCGAAGGCGGCCAAGGCAAAUCCAGCAUCGCAGCCAGUCGCACGAACUGCUCGUGCGCCCUCUGGUAAUCGUGUGAACAGUCUGGCGUCGGCAUUUGGCGGCACGACGCGAGCUUCUAGCUCUACGAUCUCAAUUGCCAAGCCUGCAGCAUUAUCUGCACGCGAGAAAGAAGAAGAAGAAGCGCUUAGUGGUCCCCGACGCCGACGGUUGUUCGGCUACAAGUUGUUGCUUUACGUUUCGUACGCAUUGAGUGGUCGUACGUUUCCGAAGCAUGAGCAGAUCUCUCCGGUCAAGUUAGGAAAGGUGCGCUCGCAGAUCUGCUACCACUUGUUCGAAAACGCCGUGGCAGGCUCGCCACACCCACGCCCAUACCCGCGACUGGAGACUCUAAUCGACUUGGAUGCACGCGAGCUGUUCAACAUUAUGGGACGUAUGUUUGACACGCCUAGUGUGGAGUUUGAAGGCGAGAAGAAGGACGACUCUGGUCGUCCUACUAGCCGAUACGAUUCUGCUCGCAAUGCUGAGAUGACCAAGUGUCCUAGUCGGUUGUCGAUCGUGCUGUCACUGGCUGAAGUCAUCUUUGGUCCCAAGAGUCCGUUCAGCUCGGUAGAACACGCUCACUUCUUUAUGUUUGAAGCCAGACUACUCAGUGGAGGCUCCAUUGAGCCACAGGAGUACGCUGAUGCGCGUGCGCAGGCUAUUGGUGAUGCUGGCUCGGCCGACGGAGCGUCUAUGAUGGACUCGCUGAUGAACUUCCUCGCUCUUGGACCCGCGUCGCUGCUUUCCAAUGGUUCAUCGGCUGUCUCGGCUGAAACGUCGCAUGAAGAAGGCUUCGAUAAGGCUGGACGUGAAGCCAUGUUGGUGCGUCUAUUGACGAAGCUGAACAAGGCCACCUACAACCACGAGGCGCUGCUGGCUAGUGUGAUUCGAGAGAAGAUGAACCGUGCGGCUGUGCUGCUGUACAAGGAUAACGGUGACUUUACUCAGGCAAUUGCUUCGUAUCUGGCGGACGAGGAUCACGAGUAUCAGAUGAAUGCGUUCAGCUACAUCCGCAUGGAGACUGAUAAGGCCGUGGAUGGAGAAGACAUGGAGAUGCGCGACAGCAACGGUGCUGAGCCUACUCGUCGUCGUCGCAAGGUUAUUGAAGAAGCUGUGUUGACUCACGCUCCAGCACUCAUGAAGACCGAUGGCUACGCGUUCGUGACGCUGAUCUUGGGUCAGUUCCCCAACUUGAACAACAAGGUCAUCCAGAAGUUCCUGUCGAUGGGUAAAGAAGGGUCGAAACUCGAGUUCUUGUACCUCAAGCAAGUGCUCAUGGCCUCGUCGACUUCGAAUGGUGGCAGUAGUGAUGAAGCUGAUGUUAUGAAAGAUCUGCUGGAACGCUCCAAGCUGCGUAUUGCUGACGAUCCUGCCGUCCAGGAGCGAUUUGUGCGCUUGCUGUGCGAAUUCGAACCUGCCGGCGUGUUCCCGUACCUCGAAUCCCACGACAGCUUCAAGGUGGAUGCGUGUCUACGACUGUGCAAGGAGUUCGCGAUCACAGACGCCGAAGCGUAUCUGCUUGAGCGCACGGGCGACGUCACUGGCGCACUGACGCUUAUUCUGCAGAGCCUGGAGCAGAAACUCAAGAUCCUCAAGCCAGCUCUGCGUGGUUACAACGUCUCGGCUGUGUCUUCAUCGUCGACAGGCGCCUCGGACAUGUUAUCGAGUGCUGCUGGGGGCUCCAGUGGCAGUAAUGGCGCUGCCAGACACCAGUCGUCGGACCGUAUUAUUGACAGUGUACAGGAGGGCAAGGACGCUAUGAAGACGCUGGAAGUGGCUCUGACGAUGUGUCAGCGUAACUCGCUGCGUAACCGUGACGAACAAGCGGAGAAACUUUGGUUUACGCUGCUGGACAAGCUGUUACGUAUCCAGAACUCGGUGAAGCGCAGUCUGAGCUCCAAGAGCUCGUCUCGUAGCGUUCCCGUCACUCGUACUCAUAGCGGCGGAGGCAACAGCGGCCACGGGGCCACGACGGCCUUCCAAGUGGCUUUGAACGAGAUGAUCCGCUUCAUUCUGGAGCGCAUGGCGUCAUCUGUGUCGCUCAAGUCGAUUCUAUUCAAGAUUACGAACGAGCACGGCCGUGGCGCGUUUGGAGACUUCCGACCGACGAUCUUUGGUAUGUUGGACACGUACAACUACGAGCAGAACAUUUACCAGACGGCUAAUGCGCUGAUCAGCGUGGAUCUGUUCGACCAGAUCACGACGCUGAAGCGAGCCAAGUCUCGUUGUUACGCGCCUCCUUCCAAUGUGUGUGGCUACUGUCACGUUGCGCUGUCCAAGCCUCCCUUCGGAAUGGGUCAAUCUGGAGCUCCUGGAACGGAGAAAUGGAACUUGCAUACGUCUAUGGUGUUGGUCAUGUCGGGUCAGACUUUCCACGAGUCUUGUGGUAAGGCCUGGCAGCAAGGUGUUGACACUAAGACACCAGCUGCACGUGGCAAUCCUCCCGGGAAACUCUCGCGAAACCAGAGCUCAGUAAGCAGCAUGACUAGCGAUGGAGUGGCGGAAGAUGAAGCAGGCAGUCGACUUCAACGUAAGCAGCCGAGUACGAGACGGUACUUGGCUCGACUGAAGACGCAGCGACGUGCGUCGCGACGACAGGUGUCGCCUCACGUUGUGCUGGAGAGUCUGAUCCGUGAGGACAAUGGUCGAAACAAAUACCUCAAGAGCUCGCGCGCUGUCUUCUCGCUGCGUCCAGACCCAGAAGUGGCGGCCAGCAAGGUCAAGAAGCGUCUGGGAACACGCAAGGCGGGCUCGCUGCCAGUGGCGCCCAUCCAGAAGGGCAGCAUCUAAGGUAAUCAGGGGACUGACGAGACGUGUAUUUGAAACACCUUGCUGUGCAUGUUUUAGGGAUAAAAGAAGCGGAAUGAAAAGGACCGGAUCAAGUGUA